AUGGUCAUCAAAUUUUACUUCACCAUUAGCUCCUUUAUUCUACGAUACCUCCGUCCCGGGCCCCCUUCGACCCACGGUCCACCCCCUUCCAUGGCCCACGUAGGCUUAAACCACAACCCGAAAGACUGGCCAAACCCUUCCCUUACCCUACCCAACCCCAACACCUAUCCCACCGGUAUAGGCCUAGUUGCUAGGUAUGAUAAUUAUUAUGAUAAUUAUGAUACAUACAAGUACGAUAUGCUGCGAACAUCAACACCACGGCAAUUGCUGACAGCAAUCGCAGCCAGAGAGGGGGAAAGAAAGGAAAGCAUAAAGGAGGAAAAGGGUUCGGGAACCUGUCAGGACAUCUCCGAGAUAUCGAUAUUUGGAGAGAGGGAGCAGCAAAGACGACGACGACGACGGCUCAUCACUACGACUGCCGGAUACUGGUAUCAUACUAUCGCACUACCGCGGUUGGAAUGUUGGGCGGAUUAUUAAACUAGACAUCACACUGAGGGAGGAGGGAGAGAAGAAAAGAAAGAAGAAGAAAAAAACUCCCCAACACCCACUUUCCGAAAAGUAAGCUUUUUUUCGCCUCACUGCACGCUGCGGAGGAAAAAAGAAAAAGAAAA